CUUAUUUUGAAUUUUAAUCGUGCGAUAUAGGUAAAUUAUUUAAUGAUAACAAGCUACGUGGUAUUAGUUUAUAUCGUGUCAUGAAAGUCGUAAACAACUAAUAAAAUGAAGGUGUAUACUUUUUUAUUGUUUUCUUGUUUCAUCGCAUAUGGCAAGGCCCAAUAUAUCGCGGGCGGUGAGGCGGUAAAUAUAACAGAGUAUCCAUACGCCGCUUCGCUGCAAUAUACCGGAUCAGGCGCCGAUCAAACAUGUGGAGGUGUAGUGCUAUCAGCCACCGCUCUACUGUCAGCCGCUUCCUGCUUCUACACUGCCAAUGGAGCACUGUACAACCCUGGAGAUUGGCGAGCCAGAGUGGGCUCUUCAUUUGUAAGCACCGAUGGCCGGAACUACACAAUUAGGCUAAUCACAGCACAUCCAGACUUCGAAUUAACUACUAGGGACAACAACAUCGCCGUCUUGAGGACAGUAUCGUUUAUUGAAUUGGUCCCGGGUUUGGUGGAGGUGGCCCGUAUUGCUGGUGGGGCGUUUACAAUUGCACCCAGGAAUUCUAUUAGCGCUAUUGGAUGGGGUGCAGCUAAAGCGUCAGAACCCACUGAGCAGCUUCAUCACGUUUCAGCGUUCGUGAUAGACCAAGAAACAUGUGCUGUUCGAUAUCAAGAUAUAAAUUUCGCAGUUACCGAUAACAUGAUCUGUUUCGGUUGGCUGGAUGUUGGUGUAUUUGGCCAAUGUUCCGAGGGUGGUGCUGGAAGUCCGAUUGUGGUGAACGGUGGCGUAGUCGGCAUACAUUCUUGGUCAAACGAGUGUGCAUCACUGCGGUACCCGAGUCUAAAUACCAGAACGAGCCCGUACUGGAAAUGGAUUGUUGAUACCGCCAAUGCCGGCAAUUAAAUUAAUUAAUUGUUAAUUAUAUUAUCUUUAUUUAUUUUUU